UCUCCGAGAGAAUUUCUUGAAACGCCACAAUCACUCGAUUCUCUCUCACACUUUGCUCUGAAACAAGUCUUCGAUCUCUACAAUGGCAAGAACCAAGCAAACGGCGCGCAAGUCCACCGGAGGCAAGGCUCCGAGGAAGCAAUUGGCCACAAAAGCCGCCAGAAAAUCGGCUCCGGCCACCGGAGGCGUCAAGAAGCCCCACCGCUUCAGGCCGGGAACGGUGGCUCUAAGAGAAAUCAGAAAGUACCAAAAGAGCACCGAAUUGUUGAUCCGGAAGCUUCCGUUUCAGCGAUUGGUUCGCGAAAUCGCGCAGGAUUUCAAAACGGAUCUGAGGUUUCAGAGCAGCGCCGUUUCCGCUCUUCAAGAAGCAGCGGAGGCUUAUUUGGUUGGUCUCUUCGAGGACACGAACCUCUGCGCCAUUCACGCUAAGCGCGUCACCAUCAUGCCAAAGGAUAUUCAACUGGCGCGCAGAAUCAGAGGCGAGAGGGCUUGAGCUUCAUGAACCCUUCGUCACCGCCAGGACACGUUAACGUAUUCUCGCACACUUAGUAGUUUAGUCGUUAUUCUUCUCCUCGCUGCACGUUGAAAUCGUGAAUUCGAUUUUUGUUUUGAAUGUGCAUUAUUAUGCUGCUGCGGCGUUUUGAACUGUAACUUAUUUUAUCGAAUAUCAUGGAUGUAGAUUGAAAUUGCUAAACGGUUUUUGUAGUUAAUAUUUUUUUC